AUGCCUGGUACUACUACUACUACUACCAUGCCUGCCAACGAAGUGAGUACACUCCCAAAUGCCUCGUAUCCAUAUUCCCCUCACUUCCAGUCAUUGACGGCGGUGUUUAUUCGAGAGCAGCAGCAGCAGCAACAGACCGGGCCGGGGCCCGCCGAAAUCGAAGAUGAUUAUAUACGUCACCUCCUCGACCUCGAGGAAAGAGAGGCGUAUUGGAGGGAGAGGGAGGAGAAACUGAAGAAGGAGCUGGAGGCCACUCAGGCAUACCUCCGCCAUAUCCGGGAGGAGCUGGGGGAGUUGGAGGGGGUUACCGACGAGGACGAGGAUGAAGACAACUAA